AUGGAAAAGGCCCAGGGUAGACAGUUGGUUGAGGUAUGGGGUGAGAUGAAUCAGUCACAGCAGUUCAACACCAUUCAAAACCUGGUCAGGUUAGAAAGUCAAUUGGCUUCUAUUGAUUUCCCUGGUUAUGGAAACCUCUACUUUGAUCGUUCCAUCCAGUCGUCAAACCCAAGUAUACCUAUCGACAAUGGCUUUUGCAUUGGUCCUUCCUUUGAUGCUUCUUGGUUCCCACAAAAUGACGGUGGUACUCAUUCUGGUCCAUGGGAAACCUUUUCUGAUCUGGCUGUGGCUUUGGUCAAUCGUGGCAUUGAACAUGUGAAACACUCCUCAACCUUUACGCCUCAUGGGCCUCAUCCAGGCUCCAAAGACGAACAUAUCCAGACUCUGGAGGCUGUGUUGACCAUCAUGCCAGAAUUAGCCACCAGCACGUCACUACGGCGAUUCUUGAAACCAAGGCUAUGGCAUGCCGACCUCCAUCUGGGUAAUAUCUUUGUUUGUGACACGGAUCCCACCAACAUUGUCAACAUCAUAGACUGGCAAUUCACCUCAAUCGGGCCUGCUUUUAUGCAGGUUCAGUGGCCGUCUUUCCUCUCCCCCCCUGACGACUACAAAUUCGGGAUGGUCAAGCCAGAGCUGCCGCCAAAUUCUAGUGAAAUGGACGAGGACGAGCAGGCGUAUGCCAUCACAGAGCGAGACAGAGCAUUACUAUCAAAAUGUUACGAAGCAGCACUAGCGAAGAAUCAUCUUCAAUCAUAUCUGGCCUUUACUCGGGUUGACCCCGCGCUCCGACACCUGCUGGCGUUCUGUGGCAACACAUCAAAGACUGGAAUAAUACCCCUUCGUGAUUCAAUGAUGCAAAUCUCGGAAAAUUGGAGCCAAAUGGGUCUUUCUGGCUGCUGUUCUUAUUCACCGACACAUGAGGACCUACAAAGACACGCGAUUGAGCUGUCUACAUAUCAAGAUUGGCAGAGACUCAAGGCAUACACUCAAGAGUUACUACAAACAGAUGACGACGGCUGGGUUCCGCCGCAGCUUGAUUUUGACCAGGUCAAAGCAAGGCAUGCUGAAUUGUUCAAUCUUUAUAUUCAACGAGAAGCAGAAGUAUCUUCAGAAGCAGAGGCAAGAAGGCUUUGGUUUUAUGUCGAGAAUAGGAGUGAACUUGAACAUGAAUUGAGGAGUCUGAUUGUCAUGAGCUCAAUUAAAGUCCUUUCCUGGAGACACAGCCUGUAA